AUGACGAACGACAAGCAUGAUGAACUUAAAAAGGCCUUUGCAUUCUUCGACCUCGAUACGGAUGGUAUGAUAACUGACACUCAUGAGGAGCUCUUCAAGGGGGAUUCAAUACUCUGCUUGCAAUGCAACAUGAAAGAAUUCAUGGACUUAUCGGCGACAAAUACGGUGAAGUAUAUGACCAACGACGAGCAUGAUGAACUCGAAAAGACCUUUGCAUUCUUCGACCUCCAUACGGAGGAUUUAAUCGAUGAUAAACAACUUGUGAAUAUUGUCCGAUUUCUCAGACAUAGCCCCACCGACGACGAGCUGCAAUCAUCAGCCAAUAGAAUUGUUUAUUUAGAAUUCGUGGACUUAUCGGCGACAAAUACGGUGAAGUAUAUGACCAAGGACGAGCAUGAUGAACUCGAAAAGGCCUUUGCACUCUUCGACCUCCAUACGGAUGGUUUAAUCGAUGAUAAACAACUUGCGAAUAUUGUCCGAUUUCUCAGACAUAGCUCCAUCGACGACAAGCUGCAAUCAUUAGCUAAUAUAAUUGGUGGAGAAAAUACGUAA